GUCCACAUCUACACAUUAGCUAAAGAUAGGUAGGGCAAGAUAACGAGAAACAGUUUUAGGAAGGUAAGGCGAGUCUUUUAAAACAAGGUUGAUGAUUUUAUCAAUCAUUGUUAUAGUUUAAUAAAGGGUAAAAUAUUAUCCUGUAGUUUAUGGACGACCAGCUGUUUUGAAGAAUAUUUGAACUGCCUCAGGUAAAGUUGAAUUCAAAAUGUCCCUGCACGGGAAAAUAGUUGUAAUCAAAAGGAGUGGCGGAGAUGGGACUGAGUUUCCUCUGACUGCAUCAUGCUUAUUUGGAAGGAAACCUGACUGCGACAUUCGCAUUCAACUUCCUCAUGUCUCCAAGGAGCAUUGCAGGAUUGAGUUGAAUGAAAAUAAAGAGGUUAUUUUAACUAAUUUGAGUUCAACGAACCCAACCCGUGUCAAUGGGGAGGUUUUUCAGCAGUCUGAACGUUUGAAACAUGGAGAUCUAAUCACAAUUAUUGACCGUUCUUUCAGGUUUGAAUACCCUCCAGCACCCACUCCAAAGAAAAAUCGAUAUUCUUCUGUUAGCAAAAGUGAAACUCCUCAGGUUUUACAUGAAACCCAAGCAAGGGAUACCAGCGCUAAAGAUGGAACCAACACUUCUGAUGUCAAACCCAAGGAGGAUGGAAGUCUUGAACAGAACAAGCCAAGCUCCCCUUUCUGUGAGCUGUACCAAAUGUUCAAACAAGAUCUGGAUUCCAAGACUCCAAAGAAAGCACUUGGAACACCUGCUUCGAGGCUUUGCCCACAGAAACCUAUCUCAACCAGGAAAGUGGAUGGGGCGUCUGUCAUUUCCACACCCAAGACGGCGGAGACUGAAAAUGUGUCACCUGUCACUGGAGUGACUCCAAAAUCAGCCCAGAAGAAGCGAAAGUCCCUCAAAGGUCCGGUUGUUGAGGGGAAUGUGCCAGUCGAAGAUUUCAUCCAACUGCCUCCAUCUAUUCUUGAAACUCCCAAAGGUAAAAGGCGUUCUUCAAAGUCCAUAACACCCACCACUGUUGAAGAAAAAUCCGCCCCUGUUUCUCAGAGGAAAAGUCACCUGGCAACCCCCGAGAAGUUAACUGCUAGUGAAGUGGCUGAGCAGAUUUCUGAGUGUCCGACUGCAGAAAUCCUUACGACCCCCACUCGGAGGAGGAGCAGGGAAGCCACUCCUAUCAAAUCUUUGAUAACUGGGGUAGAACCACCUGCUGAUGCUUUCGUCUCAAACCAAGACCAGCUCGUACUAACUGAGAAUUCCACGACAAGUACUCCUAAGACCGAGCACUCCCACUCUCCAAGGCCUGCUGGGGAAAAGCUUCAAGCCCAGGAUGUGCUUUGUGAGCUGGAGGUGACUACACCCAUCAAUGUUAAACAGUCGUCUGCUAAGAAACGGAAGAGUGGAGACCUUGAAACUGAAUUUCCAACACCUCUGUGCAAGAGGAAAAGGGUUUCAUUUGGAGGUCAUUUGGAGCCGGAACUGUUCGAUAAACGUCUUCCUCCUGACUCCCCACUAUGCAAAGGUGCCACUCCUGGACGGCGAAGCUUGUGUGCCCCCAAAAUGAAACAGUCACUCCUCAGGAGAGCGUCUGCAAUUGGUCUGAUAAAGGAGCAUGAACAAUCUGCCCCAGUGAAAGGAAGUCCAGGAAAGAAGGCAUCUCCCAAGACUCCCUCGCCUGCCAAGAAGUCGCCGAAGGCAUCUCCCAAGACUCCCUCGCCUGCCAAGAAGUCGCCGAAAGCAUCUCCCAAGACUCCCUCGCCCGCCAAGUCGCCGAAGGCAUCUGCCAAAACUCCCUCGCCCGCCAAGUCGCCGAAGGCAUCUGCCAAAACUCCCUCGCCCGCCAAGUCGCCGAAGGCAUCUGCCAAAACUCCCUCGCCCGCCAAGUCGCCGAAGGCAUCUGCAAAAACUCCCUCGCCCGCCAAGUCGCCGAAGGCGUCUGCCAAGACUCCCUCGCCCGCCAAGUCACCGAAGGCAUCUGCCAAGAAGUCACCAAAGGCAUCUGCCAAGACUCCCUCGUCUGCCAAGAAGUCACCAAAAGCUAAAACGCCAUCUCCAGGUAAAGAAAAGACCCCGAAAACCGCUGUCAAGACUCCAUCUCCUGCUCGAAGAAAGUCUACAUUAAAAGAUGAAUCUCAAACACCAAAGGCUGGGAAAACUCCCAAGACCCCUGCAAGUUUGCCAUCAGCCAACACGACACCCACCAUGCAAGGCCGGUUCUCAGUGUCCCUCGUCAGCACCCCAUCACCCACAGCAGACCAGGACUCUGUCCUACAGCCGUCUGUCACUGUAACGCCUCGUGUUCCCUUGAGGCGAAUGACAAUGUCGUCAGCCUCAAAGACGACACAGAAAAGCGCAAUGAAAAAUUCCCUUCAAGUCAUCCGUAGAAGAAGUGGUGUUUCUCGGGCAUCUAUGAAAGUUGUGAAUUCCUGGGCUGACAUUGUGAAGUUUGGCCAGACCAAGACCCAAGCUGUUAUCCCAACCAAGAAAACCACCCGAGUGACUAAGACGAAGACUGUUGUACCAAAACCGGAGACACCUGUGAGGAAACUCAUAGGACAUGUCAGCACUGGUCAUGCCGAUUCACCUGUGACCAUUGUUGUGGGAAAAGCUCACAGGCUGAAAGCCAUUCAGCCAAGUGGGGCCGCCCCAAAGCUUGUCCACAACAUUUCUGUGCUAAAAAAGAACAUGAAAAUGGAUGAGGAUUUGUCAGGCAUUGCAGACAUUUUCAAGACCCCUGCUAGGCAGAGGAAGUCUGUGGUCAAUGUGCAGAGUGCCCUCAAGACCCCCUUGAGAGCCCAGUCUACAUCUAUGAUUGAAUCAUCAGUGAUGAAUACCCCAGAGGAGACUGGUGAAAUGGUGGUGUCUCCACUUGUUGUUUCUACUGCUAAACGGGGCGCGUACAACAGCGAUGCAGUCACUAGACUCCUUCGGGAUGGUCAAGAAUCCAGUUUCAUCACAGAGGAAGCUGAUGACUCCCGUACUACACAAAAUGAGAUUCUUGCCUUAGAGAGGUCUUCAGAGGAAUCGAAGGAAGAACAGCGGCCAGAAUCAAAAAAAUCUAUUUCGACUCCCAAACAGAAGAAACCCGAACAACCCGAGUGUCUCACUGGAGUGAAGAGGAUCAUGAAGACCCCAAGACAGAAGGUGCAACCCAUUGAAGACCUCAGAGGAAAACUGAUGACAACUCCCAAACAGAAACUUGAGCAACUCGAAUGUCUCACUGGUGUGAAGAGGAUCAUGAAGACCCCAAGACAGCAGGUGCAACCCAUUGAAGACCUCAGAGGGAAACUGAUGACAACUCCAAGGGGGCCUAAGGCUUCUCAGGAAGUAAGCUUAGCUGGUGUAAGGGAACUCCUGACCACCCCCAAACAAAUCGCUGAACCUGUUGAAGAGAUUUCUGGUAAAGUCCAAGAUGACAACGUCCACAGCGAGACAGAGAUUCACGGCGACGCCAUUUCUCCUAAAUGCCUCUCAGGUAACGUUGAAUUCAAAAUGCCCCUGUUCGGGAAAAUAGUUGUAAUCAAAAGGAGUGGCGGAGAUGGGACUGCGUUUCCUCUGACUGCAUCAUGCUUAUUUGGGAGGAAACCUGACUGCGACAUUUGCGUUAAACUUCCCGAAGUAUCCAAGGAGCAUUGCAGGAUUGAGUUGAAUGAAAAUAACGAGGUUAUUUUAACUAAUUUGAGUUCAACGAACCCGACCCGUGUCAAUGGAGAGGUUUUGCAGCAGUCUGAACAUUUAAAACAUGGGGAUCUAAUCACAAUUAUUGACCGUUCUUUCAGGUUUGAAUACCCUCAAGCACCCACUCCAAAGAGAAAUAGAUCUUCUAAACAGAACACGCCAAGAGGGCCUAAGGCUCUUCAGAAAGUAAGCUUAGAUGUUGUGAAGACCCCCAAGCACGUCGCUCAACCUGCUGAAGAAAUUUCUGGUGACGCCCAAGAGAUUCCUGAUGCCAUGACAACCGAGGCAGUGGAGGAAGAACAACCUGCUCCUCUUGCUGAGGCAGUGCAGGAGGUAGAGACCGUUUCUGCACCUGCUGAGGAAGAACAACCUGCUCUUCUUGUUGAGGCAGUGCAGGAGGUAGAAGAGCCAGUUUCUGCACCUGCUGAGGCAGUGGAGGAAAAACAACCUGCUCCUCUUACUGAGGCAGUGGAGGAGGUAGAGACCGUUUCUGCACCUGCUGAGGCAGUGCAGGAGGAAGAACAACCUGCUCUUGCUGAGCAUGUUGCUGCAUCUGCUGAGGCAGUGGAGGAAGAACAACCUGCUCCUCUUGCUGAGCCCGUUGCUGCACCUGCUGAGGCAGUGGAGAUGGCACAUCUUGACAGUGAAGAGCCUUCUGUUCCAGUAAAAGGUAGAGUAAAGAAAACCGAGGGGAUUGUGCCACCACCUGCUAGAGUGAGAUCGGCAAGGCGUAAUGAGACCAGUAGUGUUGAGGCACCAGCAGAAACUAUGGACUCUGUGGAUGUCCAGGAGAAAAUGGCAGUUGACCCCGUUCCUGAUGAAAAGCUCAAGAGCGGAAGAAAGGCCAAACGGGCUUCUGUAGAGAGAGUUGAAUCAGUGCAGGAGAACGCUGUUGAAAGUGAGAGUGCUGAAAUUCCUCCAAUUGAGGACCAGCAGCCAACUUCUGAUGUCCCCGUGGAGAAACCCAGAAGAGGAAGAAAGGCCAAACGGGCUUCUGUAGAACAAGUUGAAACCGUGUUGGAGAACACUGAAGCUGUGAGUGUUCCUGUCACUGAGACGUUUGAGGCCCAGACUCCAGUCGUUAGGUCUGAGAGAGGAAGAAAGCCUAAACAGGAUUCAGUAGAAGAAGUUGAAGUGGGGGUUCUUGAAAUUCCUCCAGUUAAGAUUGUGGAAGCCAAGGAGAUGCCUGCUAGUGUUCCUGUUGAGAAACCACAGGCAAGAGGAAAACGGGGUAAACAGGAAUCUGAAGAAGCCAAAACAAUGGAAGAAAAUGUUGUGGCGGUUGAUAUUCCUACAGAAGAGGUGGAGGCCUCAGCCCUGUUUGCAAAACCCAUAAGAGGAAGAAAGACUAAGCAGGAGCCUGUAGAUCAAGUGGAGUCUGUGAGUAUUGAACAAGUGGAGGCCCAGGAGCAGGCCACUGUGUCUCCAGUUGAGAAACCCAAAAGAGGGGGAAGAAAGACAAAGCAGGCUUCUGUAGAGAAAGUUGAGCCUGUUGAGGACCACCCCGUUGAGUCUCUGACUGUUGAACUCCAGGAGCAGACUACUGUGGCCCCAGUUGAGAAACCCAAAAGAGGGGGAAGGAAGACUAAGCAGGCUUCUAUAGAGAAAGUUGAGCCUGUUGAGGACCACCCCGUUGAGUCUCUGACUGUUGAACUCCAGGAGCAGGCCACUGUGGCUCCAGUUGAGAAACCCAAAAGAGGGGGAAGGAAGACUAAGCAGGCUUCUAUUGAGAAAGUUGAGCCUGUUGAGGACCACCCCGUUGAGUCUCUGACUGUUGAACUCCAGGAGCAGGCCACUGUGGCUCCAGUUGAGAAACCCAAAAGAGGGGGAAGAAAGACUAAGCAAGCUUCUGUAGAGCAAGUUGAGCCUGUUGAGGAUCACCCUGUUGAGUCUCUGACUGUUGAAGUUGAAGCCCAGGAGCAGACUACUGUGGCUCCAGUUGAGAAACCCAAAAGAGGGGGAAGAAAGACUAAGCAAGCUUCUGUAGAGCAAGUUGAGCCUGUUGAGGAUCACCCUGUUGAGUCUCUGACUGUUGAAGUUGAAGCCCAGGAGCAGACUACUGUGGCUCCAGUUGAGAAACCCAAAAGAGGGGGAAGGAAGACUAAGCAGGCUUCUGUAGAGCAAGUUGAAGAUCACCCCGUUGAGUCUUUGACUGUUGAACUCCAGGAGCAGACUACUGUAGCCCCAGUUGAGAAACCCAAAAGAGGGGGAAGGAAGACUAAGCAGGCUUCUGUAGAGCAAGUUGAAGAUCACUCCGUUGAGUCUCUGACUGUUGAACUCCAGGAGCAGACUACUGUGGCUCCAGUUGAGAAACCCAAAAGAGGGGGAAGAAAGACUAAGCAAGCUUCUGUAGAGCAAGUUGAGCCUGUUGAGGAUCACACCGUUGAGACUCUGACUGUUGAGCUCCAGGAGCAGACUACCUUGGCUUCGGUUGAGAAACCUAAAAGAGUGGGAAGGAGGACUAAACAGGACCCUGGGUGUGUCGUCCCGCCAGUAUCCACAGAGACUCCAGAGGAAACAUCUGCUCCCCCUACAGAGAAACCUAAAAGAGGAGGAAGAAGAGCAAAGCAGCAGAAGGUUCCUGAAGUGGUGGAAGUUGAGAACAUGGUAGUGCAGGAGGUCCACCUUCCUGCACAAACUGAGGUUGAUGCUAGACCAGAGUGUGAAGAGGCUGAUGCUGAAGAACUGCUGGAAGCUCCGGUUGUCAAACUGGGAUGGAGAAGGAAGGCAAAAGCCGUUGUGAAGGAUGAAGUGCCUGCCAAGCGAGCACGCAGAGGAGCAGCUGAUUCCACAAAGGUGCCCACUGUUGCAGAAGCAACUGUGGAAGUUCCAACUGAGCCUGUCAAGCGAGGUAGAAGGGCAGCUAAAUCCAAAGUCUCUGCAGAUGAAAUCACCAUUGCAGCCGAGAGCACUCUGUUGGAGGCUGAGGUAACAGACACGGAGGUUAUGACUGCUGUGGUUAGAAGAGGAAAAGCCCCUAAAAGGGGAAAUGCUGUUUCUGAAACGACCUCUGACCAGGCAAAUUCUAUUGAAGGCAUGGAAACCAUUGACAAAGGCUCAAAAAAGACCUCAAAAUCUGUGAAUUGGAAACUUGAUUUGGAAGAUACACACAAGGUCACCCCUCUUCCUAAACAGAAGACAUCCCGACGGAAUGAUACUGUUCCUGUUACUAAGGUUGAAGAACAGCCUGAACGGAGUGAAGAACAGCAGGUUGUGAAGACAGUGCGAGGGAGAAGAGCAAGAUCUUACGUCGCGGUCAAAGAGGAGACCGUACAAUCAACACCCUCAAAAAGGGCACGCCAUAGCACCAUAGAGACCUCUGCUGCUGAAGCCACGGUCCCCAGUUCAAAGCCAGUAAACGAAAGAAAUGCAGCAAGAUCUAUGACAACUGAAGAGGCAGAUCUCUCUGAUAAAGCUGUUCCAAAGGAGCCUGUCAAGAAAACAAGACGGGCAGCAAAGUCUACUGCAGCAGCUCCCGUUGAGGCCACGAGCACUACUCCUGCUGUCCCGGAGGAAGAGACCAUCCCCGAUGCCACAGUUGUGGCUGCUACAAAAGGAAGAGGUAAAGCGACAAAAGGAAAAACUGUAUCUCAGGAAAUUGACAUUGAGCAAGGUACUGAGUCGGAGCAGCCGUGUAAGCCCCGCAGAGGGAGAGCAGCAAGAAAAUAGAGCUUAGGCAGUCAUAGAUUUUUGUUUGUUUUUAAUGCUUUGAUAUAGAAAUGCUAAUGCUCAACUUGUUUUUUUUUUGUACUUGCCUGGAGUUACAGAUGUAUAAUUGAAGGCCAGUGCUUUACAAUAUUAUUCUGAUUUUUGGUCUUAAUUGUGGUUAGUUUUGCUACAUUCUCUGAAUAUUUUUUUACAUUUUUAAAGAAUUUGUAUUUAGACUGAAAAUAGUUUGGGUGAAAUUAUUCAUAUUAAAAAUCAAAAACUUAA